AUGUAUUUCAAAAGUGGGAGAGAAGUGUACAGAUCGAAUUUUGAUGGCUCUGAUAAAGAAUUAAUUUAUGAGGAAGAAAAAGAUCCUGUUCAAGUAUUUGCGUUAGACUGGAUAAGACGAAACAUGGUCUGGGUGGAUUCAAGAUCGAUAAUUGUGGGUAACAUGAGCUUCUCUGACGGU